AUGCAAUCCUUCCACCUUACCGCCACCGGUCACAACCUCAACUAUCUCCCCGAGUAUAUCGCCCGCCGGCAUGGCUUCUUCCAAGAGCAAGGGCUCAACGUUACAGUAUCCAUCCCCACGCCAUGGGACGGCGUGCUCGACGCACUGGCAGAUGGCACGGCCGACAUGGCGCUUGGUGGUAUCUGGGUGCCGGCAAUGUAUCGCGACCGAGUGACGGACUACACUGUUUUUGCGCAAAUUGCGAAUCGGUGCCCUCUUGCCCUGCUCCGCCGUGGCCAUCAGGCAAACUUCAAGCUGGAUGAUGUAGCAGGCAAAACCGUCCUGAUGAAGUCGGGCGGCGGGGCCAGCGUUGGUCUCUUCUUUAAGAUGCUGCUCCGUGAGAACAACAUUGACCCGAGGUCUGUGGACUAUAUUCAAGAUCUGGAUGGUGUGAUGCUGGGCAACCUGUUCGAAGGCGGCAUGGGCGACUACUUCGUCACGGACAACCUCUCGGCCCGGGCGAUGGCGGAGCGCAAUCCCGAUAUCUCGGUGGGGAUGGAAAUGGUCUCGCAAGGUGACAUCCCUUGGAGCGUGUAUUACCGGGAGAGUGCGACGAUCACUCCAGAGGUCUUCGAUGCGCACCGGCGUUUCUGCAUUGGCCUUGGCAAAGGUAUCGAGUGGGUACUGAAGCACGACGCAGAAUCGUACCGGGACGAACUCGGCGAACUGUUUCCCAAUAUCCCGGUCGAGGUCGCUAUCACCGUGACGAAUACCUUUCGCCGUGAAGGCAUGUGGACCACGCCCACUAUCCCCCGCCACGCAUUUGACCGGUGGCAGCUGGGGCUUGCCGAUGCGCGCCUGGUCAAGGAACCCUUUGCCUACGAAGCCUUGGUCAAUGAGCCUGCGACGAUGGCCUAG